UACCCCAAGCCAUGACCGGUGGAGACGCGGCCAUGCCCUUUACCAAUAGCGCGGCCGGACCCAUGGCCAUCGUGCUUAUUGCGGGGGUUAGUACCGCCGUCGCUCGUGCAAUUGACUACAUCAUUGAUAUUUUAACUCAGUCGUUCAACAUGUAUGGAAGCAUCGAACUAAGAAUGGUGGUCCCGAACUCAUCGGUGCCUCCAAUCAUGGGAAAGGGAGGAUCCAAGAUAAUGUCCAUUCGUGAAGGGACUGGCGCUAAAGUCCAAAUAUCGGGUCGUGACAAUUCUGGAAUCCGUCAAGACUUUGAGAGGAUUGUUUUGGUGAGUGGUCAGACGGAGCAAGUGCGCAAUGCUACGAAGAUUGUGACAUCAUUGAUCCAAGCCGAUCCGAUGUUAAAAGAGUAUAUGAUUUUCUCAUUGUCCGUAGACACGGAAAAGUUGUCGGACUACUUGGCCGGUACAGGUGGGAGUGGUCGUGGCACCGCGGCGAUGCCACCUGUUCCGCCACCAGAUUAUCAUCACUCGAUGCCAUAUCAUUCCCAACAUCACAGUUCGGUCGCGGAAUUGACAUUACAGGACCUACAACCCGUCGACGAAAAGGAUGUGAAUACUUGGAUUAAAGCCGACCUGAUCAAACCUCAAGUUAUGCAACUUGAAACUUCUGUUCUCAUCCAAAUCCCAGACGAACAAGUUGGAAGCUUAAUGGGACGCAGCGGACAAGUACUCACUGAAAUCCGAAGCAGUAGUGGCGCACGUAUUACAAUAAGUCAACGAGGAGAAUUAGUACCCGGCACUCGUGAUAGACUUGUAACCAUCAAGGGCAACAUGGCCGCCAUUCACACUGCCCACGCCCUAAUUGUUCAGCGUCUGGCCGAAACCCAAGACGAAGAACGACAGUAA